UCAAAGGACAGUGCCUUAACUCUCUCUCAACAACCAUAGAACACAUAAGUGCAUAACCAAGCACUGCCACACCAUAAUGGGCAAUCUUAUUAUCUUAAUAAACAAAUCCAUAUAAUCCAUUAUUAAAUUACUUCCAUACUCGAAUCUUUGUCUUAUUUUUUUAAAAGCCAAUCUUUCUCUUCUCUCUCACACACCCCACUUUCAUUCUCCCAAAGUUUUUAUUCAUGGAUACCCACCUUCUGUUUUUCCCCUCUUAGAGGAAAAACUUUACCUUCUUGCCAUCAUUCUACUCUGCUCCCUCUUCUGUUUUAACUUUUAAUUCAGCCUGCAUUCCCCACCCCAUCAAUCAAAAUCUUUACUUUUAGAAACUCAUUUGACCCUUUCUUCAUUCUGUUGCAAAUUCAGAGCUGAGAGCUCUACCUGGAGAAAAAAGCCAUAUAAAAAGCUUUCCAUGAAGUUUCAGAAUGAUGAUGAAAGGAGCAUAGAAAACCAUGCUUUGACUUCUAUUAACACCUUCAUCAUAAUAAUAUUCUUGAGGCAAAGGCAUUUCCUGCUAAAUAAUAUUCCCUUGUGUCAUCCUUAUACUGCAUAGUACGGUUUGUGAUCUCCACCAUGGCAGCCACCUUCAAAGGAAUCAAAAAGAGUUUCAAAUACAUAGCGCAAAUCUUUGCUGUGAAAGAGCAACGAGAAUUGGAAAUUGGGUACCCGACAGAUGUUAAGCACGUGGCUCACAUUGGUUGGGAUGGCCCCUCAGGGAAUGGACCCAGUUGGAUGAAUGAGUUUAAAACAGCUCCUGAUUUUACAACAUCACUUGGCAACUUGGAUGAACUAAGGGACAAUAGUUCUUUGGCUCUCACUCCAUCAUGGUCCUCCCAAGAUUUUGAAGACUCCAUAGGAAGCCAAUCAACACCAUCUGUCCUUAAGGGAAUUCAUUCUGCUGGGGUUCCUCGUGUUCCUAAGAAGCCAAAGCGCAAAAAGACUAAGUCGACUUCCUCUUCCGAGUCGCUAUCUACUUCAUCAAGGCAAUUAAGAGCAGUGAAGUCAAAGUCUAAGCAGAGAGAGAGAGAAGCAGCAACAAUUGCUCAAGUGUAUCAGAUUCAAGAUUAUGAAGACAUAGGAAAGGAUUUGGCAAUGUGAAUAGCAAAAGAGACUAUGCCCUUUAUCAAGUUAUCAGCAAAAAGCCUUAGGAAAAUGGUGUUUAGUAAAUCCUAAUCACUGAGAGAAAGAACCAAAAUUAGUUGUCAAACACUAGAAAAAUAAGAGGGGGAAAUUGUGAUUAUCUUGGGGAGAAUGAAACAAUUGGGUGUUUACCAUAUGCAGGCCUUAAAUUCACUAGCUUAUAGUAUUGUCCAUUUUGCAGAUUAAAAAGAAUAGACAUGGCAAAAGGUUAUUUACAAGAUCA